UUUUUGUUUUAUCAUUCGAUGGUGGGAUAUUGACUCGAGUUUAUGUACUAGCAUUUGUUUGUGCACACGUAUUUUUUUUGCAUCAAAUUAUUGAUCUACUUGAUAUCUAAUUUCGUAUUAUCUGAUAUAAACUACAACUGUUGAAAAUGCAGAUUUUCGUAAAAACCUUGACUGGAAAAACCAUCACCCUCGAGGUAGAGGCUUCUGAUACAAUUGAAAAUGUAAAAGCUAAAAUCCAAGAUAAGGAAGGAAUUCCUCCAGAUCAACAACGUUUGAUUUUUGCUGGUAAACAACUUGAAGAUGGUAGAACUUUGUCAGAUUACAACAUUCAGAAAGAAUCUACUCUCCAUCUCGUACUUCGUCUUCGUGGUGGUAUGCAAAUCUUUGUCAAGACAUUGACUGGCAAAACUAUUACUUUGGAAGUUGAAGCCUCUGAUAAUAUUGAAAAUGUCAAGGCCAAAAUCCAAGAUAAAGAAGGUAUUCCACCAGACCAACAACGUUUAAUUUUUGCUGGUAAACAACUUGAAGAUGGUAGAACUUUAUCAGACUACAACAUUCAAAAAGAAUCUACUCUUCAUUUGGUUCUUCGUCUUCGUGGUGGAAUGCAAAUCUUUGUCAAAACAUUGACUGGCAAGACUAUUACACUUGAAGUUGAAGCUUCUGAUACAAUUGAAAAUGUAAAAGCUAAGAUUCAAGACAAAGAAGGUAUCCCACCAGACCAACAACGUUUAAUUUUUGCUGGUAAACAACUUGAAGAUGGAAGAACUUUGUCAGAUUAUAAUAUCCAAAAAGAAUCUACUCUCCAUCUCGUACUUCGUCUUCGUGGUGGUAUGCAAAUCUUUGUCAAGACAUUGACUGGCAAAACCAUUACACUUGAAGUUGAAGCUUCAGAUACCAUUGAAAAUGUGAAGGCCAAGAUUCAAGAUAAAGAAGGCAUUCCACCAGACCAACAACGUUUAAUCUUUGCUGGUAAACAACUCGAAGAUGGUAGAACACUUUCUGAUUACAACAUCCAGAAAGAGUCAACCUUACAUCUGGUAUUGCGUCUACGUGGUGGAAUGCAAAUUUUCGUUAAAACACUUACUGGAAAAACCAUCACACUUGAAGUUGAAGCUUCUGACACUAUUGAAAAUGUCAAAGCCAAGAUCCAAGAUAAAGAAGGUAUCCCACCAGACCAACAACGUUUAAUUUUUGCUGGUAAACAACUUGAAGAUGGUAGAACUUUAUCAGACUACAACAUUCAAAAAGAAUCUACUCUUCAUUUGGUUCUUCGUCUUCGUGGUGGUAUGCAAAUCUUCGUCAAAACAUUGACUGGCAAAACCAUCACACUUGAAGUUGAAGCUUCUGACACUAUCGAAAAUGUCAAGGCCAAGAUUCAAGACAAAGAAGGUAUCCCACCAGAUCAACAACGUUUAAUCUUUGCUGGCAAACAACUCGAAGAUGGCAGAACUUUGUCAGAUUAUAAUAUCCAAAAAGAAUCAACCUUACAUUUGGUUCUUCGUCUUCGUGGUGGUUAUUAAUUAUCUUCACGAAUCAACAUUAUUAAAAACUCAAUUAUCAAAAUUAAAAAAAAAUAUAAUUUCUCAUUCCAUAUUUCUAUUCUUCUUUUAUCAUUGAGUAUAAAAUAAUUACUCUUUAUUUAUUUUACAUUUUAACUUUGGUUUUUCUUGCAAAAAAAAAAAAAAAAUAUUGCAAUGAUUUAAAAAUAAAAAUUACACAAAUUAAAAUGUUUGUAUCUGUCUUCUUAUUUUUUUUAAAAAAAAACGAAUAUUCCUUCAAUCUCCUUUCAUUUACAUAGCAAUUAAUUGAAAAUUAUUUUUUUGUUUAUUAGAUAAUAAAUAUUUAAACUUCUGGACCUGAAAAUAUUAAAUAAUUUUUGUUUUUGAAAUGAAAUUUAUUAUUUUUGUAUUUACUUACCAAUAAAUCUCAAUAGGACUGGUAGAAAUAUAAGACCAUGUGAUGCACCAAUGAUAACAAUACCAAGAUACAUUCGAAAAAAAAAUACUUGAAUAAUUUGGGUUUUUGCAAAUGCAAGCACUGUUAUUCCCACAAAUUUCGUCAUAGUAAUUCCAGAGAAAACCUAUUAAUUAAAUAUCAACUGUUUUAUUAAUUUCUUUUAAAAAAUGUUAAUUAUAUUUAUCACAAAAAAAAAAAAAUAAUACUUACAGGACUUCCCAUCGUUGAUAAUGCAUCAGAUGCUUUACUAAUUCUUGAAAAUUUAAUUGAAACUAAAUACAAUCUUACAAUAUGACUGCAAAAUUCAACAGAUAUACCAACAGUCUGUAAACAAAUAAAAUUUUCUCCAUAAUAAAUUGUUUAAAUAAAUUUUAAAAAAUAUAUAUAAUACUCACCAUGACAAGAUUAACUAGAGACACUGCAUUCAAAGAAAUAUUCCACCAGUACAUAAAUCCAAGCAUGUUGAUAAUAAUCAUUGUCUCAGUAACAAGAACAACAGUUGCAGAAAAUAAUGAUAAACCAGUAAAUAAAAAUGUAACAAUAAAAACAAUAACAAGUGAUAAACCAAGAGACUUUAAAGUUUCUCUCCAAAUUGUUAAAUACUGUUCAUAAAAUACAUAAAAAACACUACAAAUAAAAAAUAUAAAAAAUUAAAAUUAACAAUUAAUUUAAAAUACAUUAUUAUAUAAAUAAAUAAUUAAACCUGUAUGGAAAAA